AUGUGUGAUCAAGGAAUAUCAGAAAAAGAGAUCACUGAUAAAGGAGAAUUAUUCCAGAGAGUGAUGUUGGAAAGAAAUGAAAGUCAUGGCAGUGAGGAUUUUCACUUCAGGCAAGUCAAGGAAAAUGUGCAUGAGUUUGAGGGUCAGUGGGGAGAAGAUGAAAGAAAGGACAAAGUAGUGAUUAUACCCCAUAACAAAAUUUUCACCAGUAGAAGAGAUCAACGUGUUAAAAGAGAUGCAGGAAACAAGUAUAUGACAUGUUUCAAAAAUACAAUUGAAUUACCCUUUCAGUCCCAUGUGGCUGAAAUGCAGAAAUUUCACACUGGAGAGAAAAUGUAUGAAUGUCACCAAGUGGAGACCACUGUAAGCAAUGCAUCUUCAAUUCCAUCCCUUCAAAGAAUUCCUCCUAGUGUCCAAAGCAACAUUUCUAAUGAAUGUGGGGAGGUUUUCAUGCCUUCUUCAUGGUUUCUACAACACCAGAAAACCCACAGCAAAGAAAAAUCUUACAAAUGUAAUGAAUGUGGGAAGUUGUUUAGCCAAUGGUCGUCAGUGUAUACUAAUCAUCAGAGAAUUCACUGUGUGCAGAGACCUUACAAAGGCAAUGAGGGUGUCAAAACCGUUUACUGUGGCUCAGACCCCACUAAACAUCACAGCAUCCAUACCAGAGAGAAACCAUGUACAUGUAAUGUAUGUGGUGAGAGAUUUCAUAGUGGAGAGAAACCUUACAAAUGUGAUGAGUGUCGUAAAACUUUUAACUGUGAUUCACAGCUCAUUACACAUCAGAGAGUCCAUAUUACACAUCAAAGACUCCAUAAUGGAGAGAAACCAUAUAGAUGUAAUAUAUGUGGCAAGGUCUUUAGUCUAAGUUCAAGUCUUGCAACUCAUCAGAGAAUUCAUAGUGGAGAGAAGCCUUACAAAUGUAUUGAAUGUGGUAGGGCUUUUUCUGGAAGAUCAAGACUUGUGGAACAUCAGCGAAUUCAUAGUGGAGAGAAACCUUACAAAUGUAAUGAAUGUGGCAAAACCUUUAAUUUGGGCUCAAGUCUCACUAAACAUCAGAGAAUCCAUACUGGGGAGAAACUAUAUAAAUGUAAUGUAUGUGGUAAGGUCUUUAGUUGACGUUCAGGCCUUACAUGUCACCAGACAAUUCAUAGCGGACAGAAACCUUACAAAUGCAAUGAAUGUGGUAUGACUUUUACCCAGAAAUCAAGUCUUGUGGAACAUCAGCAAAUACAUAGUGGAGAGAAACCUUAUAAAUGCAAGGAAUGUGCUAAGACUUUUAGAAGUCUUUUGGAACAUCAACAAAUUCAUAGUGGAGAGAAACCUUACAAAUGUAAUGAAUGUGGUAAGGCUUUUACUCGAAAAUCAGAUCUUUUGAAACAUCAAAAAAUUCAUAGUGGAGAGAAACCUUACCAAAGUAAUGAAUGUGGUAAGGCUUUUCCCCAAAGAUCGUAUCUUGUGCUACAUCAGCGAAUUCAUAGUGGAGAGAAACCUUGUAAAUGUAAUGAAUAUGGCAGGACUUUUUCUAGUCCAUCAAUCCUUUGGGAUUAUAUGGAAAUUCAUACUGGAGAGGAAAAGUGCAAAUGCAAUGAAUAUGGGAAAAAUCAUUAA